AUGAAUCGGUGGCGGAGGUCGGUGGGAGAGAUCCAGGCCAGGAAGAGGCUAGUGAACGAGUGUGAGCAGGCACAGGCCGCCUUCAACAAACUCGCCGCCUGCUUCCAGCAAAUGGCCACCUGCUUAGGGAGUAACACAGACAGCAGCCUUCUGCGAGACGAGCUGGAGGAAACCAGGGGACAGGCGCAUAAAAUAUGUACAGGGCUGCACCGGAGGCUGCUGGGGCUGAUGGUUGAGACCGAGCAAGGCCAGGACGACCGUGAGCAGGUCGAGCGCCUCUGGGUGCUGCUCCUGUUGGCCUUGGAGAACUUCCAGCAGGACCUCAAGAGGGUCACCGCACUCCAGGAGCUCUUUCCUGUCACUCUGCAGAAGGACAGACAGGCUCUGGUUAAUACAGGUGCCUUUGGAGCAGGCACUGAGGUGGCGGGUCGUGCUGCCACGGUUCAGAGCCCCUGGGUGGUGACAGAGCACUUGGAGAAGCCAGACCUGAAAGGUCACGUGCUGGAGAUCGAGACCCUGCUCCAGGAAAUGCUGCAGAGGGUAAACGUGCCACUAUGGUCAGUGAAGCCAAUGCAGAAAGCCUGGGCUGAGGGAACGCAGUUAGAGGAGGAGGAGGAGGAUGUCUUGGAGGAGAUGAUGGAGGUAGAGGUGGUGUCACAGGACGGAAAAUCAGGCUGCUGCAGUCAUUUCAACAGCAGACUAAGAUGUAUAUUCUGUUUACUCAACUAG